AUGUCUCGUCGUCGAAUAUCCCACAGCGAAAUGAAUGAGGCCCUCGCCUACCCCUUUAUGCAGUCCAACGGUCAAUCCAACGAUCAAUACAACGGUCAAUAUAACGGUCAAUAUAACGGUCAAUCAAGCGGCCAACCCCCUCGUCGAGGUCCUAUCGAAGGUCCCGAUGGCCGUCGUCUCAUCCGUCGCGUCACAUGGCGCUCCUCCACAUACAAACUCAUGGCCACCCUCUGGGUACUGGCCGUCCUCUACAUCGUCUGGCUAGUCCGCGACCUCUUCUUGCCCUCCGAAUCCGAAUCAACCCCCCCUGCUCAACCCGAACAAAAUUAA